AGGAGCACUCGCGACCGCCGCACUCGCUCCACGAACCUUCUCCAGCUCCCGCCCCACUCACAGGGAGCAGCCUCGACUUUUUAAAAAAAUCUUCUCCUAGAAUCGAAACAGGUUUCCAUCGUGUCGUAGCCAGAAGAGUUUCUUUACGAAGAAGUCUUUUCAACUCGCGAGUGAUAUUUUACUAUUUUAAUCCAACAAUUCAAGAAUAACCGAAGAAGUUAUCAUUAAACAUGUUGAAGAAUAUCUUCUUGGUGAUUUACUUCGUGACGAUACUGAUUACCAAAGUUUACCUUCAACCACUUUCUGAAGAAACUGUAACAGAAAAUCAAACAAAAGCUCCAACAGAAAAUCAAGCAGAAAAUCAACAAGAAAUCAACUUGAUAACUCCAUUAAUUAAAACUCAAAAUGCAGAUGAAGAACUAAUAUGUAAGCGUUAUUAUGAAUUAUUUCUUCAAAAACUCAAAGAAAUUGAUAGAAAACCACCACAAGAAAUCGACCAAGAAAGUGCUCAAUCCAUAAAAUAUAACGUUAAAGUGAAUAAUGUGGGUGAACAAAAUUUACCUUACCCAGAAAGAACGUUUUUCAAUCCAAACCCAGAUAAAAACUUGCCAAAACAGAACUCAAAAGGACCAAUUACCCCACAAAUUUACGUCAAUAAUUACCAAUACGUUCCAUUUGAUCAACAAUUUAACUAUUUACAACCACCUUCAGAAGCAAAACCUGCUCAAUUUAAUCAACAAAAUCAAGAAUUUAUGAAUGCAUCACCUUUGAGUUUACAAAAUUCUUUAGUAAGUGACGGAAAAAUGAUUUAUUAUUGGUAUAAAACCCUACCAAAUUAUCAAAUAUACAUCCCAACUAAUAAUAAUAUCAAUUAUGAAAAGAUUGGGAUUAAUAAAAUCGAUGAAAAUGAAUUUUCUACUUCAAUAAGUGAAUCAAUUUCAACAACUGAGUCAACUUCAACAACUGAGUCAACCACAACAACCGAAUCAACAUUAUCAACAAUAACAAGUAUGGAUAAUUCAAAACAAAUCGAAUCGAAUAAAAUAGAAGGAAUCAGACCGAAUUUAUAUGAGCAUCAAUUAAAAUUUGUUUUUCCGGUUCAAUUUCCAAAAGCGGACGUAAUAAAUGUACCGUACGAUUUAGACCCGUACGUUUAUUAUCCGAGAGAAUUGCAACCUGAAUUUGUAAAUUUACAAAUGCCUUACGUUCCAACUUUUCACAUGAUUAAACGAUUAACUGUGCCUCAUCACCAUGAAAUCGAGACGAGCUUAGACGAUGUUGCAAGUUAAAAAAUUAUUUAGAUAAGAUUUUUUUUGUUGUACAUAAGACUGAUUAGAUUUAUGUUAAUAUUUUAAACGAUAAUUUAAUUUCGUAUUUUUGUUUUAAGAGUUAAAUGUUAAUGCCUGUGCGUAAAGUACAAUUUAUUAAUCAAAAAAAAUUCCAUAAAAAAGUUAUGGAACGAAUGUUCACCCGGAAAGUGUUCUUUAGUUAAUUGUAAAUUAAUAAUUAAUUAUGAUUAAUUGUAAUUAUAAGAUUAAGAAUUAAGGUUAGAAUUAUCCAUAAAAAUUAUCCAUAGAUUUUUUUGUUUAAUUUCAAUUUGUUUAUACGUUUUUUGAAGACGUUGGGUCGGUUUGGUGCAAUCAUCUUUGUAUAAAUCACAUUAAAUUCACUUUGUAUUGUAUAUUAUUUCUUUUAAUAAAAUAUUAAAAGACAAAA